ACCAGAGGGACAGAUAAGGGGAUUCUGCACAUACCUGUUGGCCGUGCUGCGAGUGUAUAAAUGGAAUCUCGAUUAACGGAGCAGGAGACACCGAUUCAGACGCACACUCACACCUGUUGGCUCUAAAGAUGAGUCGCACUACGAUUCAGUCUGCCUGAGUAAAUCCUUCUCCCCACAGACUCCGCUGUUUUAUACUUUAGAUGGACAGAUCACUCAUGUUCCAGGUGUCCUGCUCUCUGCUUGGUCUGGCUCUUGUCCUUUUCUCCUUUCCUGAGCAUGCUUCACUGAACCAAACAUUUGAAAACACCUCAGGAGCUGUGUUUCCUGGCUCUGUGUUUGUGAAGGAGGCACUUCAGAGGGCGACCGAGCUGACUGAUGCUGCAUAUGCUCACACAAAUGAAAGAGGAAAGAAAUCCUUGUCUGAAGGCACACUGAAACCCAGUGACCUGCUCGCUCACUUCAAACACACAGAAGCCAGAACCAGGACUCACAUCCGAGCUGCAGAACUCCUGGACAACACAGUCGAGCUGAUCAGAGAGAUGGUCUACACUCACACUAUGGUGCAGCCCAGCUCUCAUGAGCUGCUGAGUGAAGCAGAUGUGGAGAAUCUGCUGCAGUUGACGGGCUGCUCUGCUGAGCUGCAGAGACCCAGCUGUCAGAGCGACUGUCAGUCCGAGCGCUACCGAUCCAUUACAGGAGAGUGCAACAGCAGACAGCACCCCAGAUGGGGAGCUGCAAACAUCCCUUAUUCCCGUUGGCUGCCUCCUGAGUAUGAGGACAUAUGGGGGAAGCCCAGAGGCUGGGACCCAGAUCAGACCUACCACAACGUCAGCCUGCCUCCAGUGCGGCUGGUUUCUCAGGAGGUGCUGUUCACCCACAAUGACAACAUUUCACUGGACUCCACUCUGUCUCACCUGCUGGUGGAGUGGGGUCAGUGGAUCGACCAUGAUGUGGUGCUGACACCUCAGAGUCCCAGCACAGCUGCUUUCAAGACCGGCGCUGACUGUACACACACCUGCAGCCGGGAAACUCCCUGCUUCCCCAUACAGAUCCCUCUGUCUGAUCGUCGUCAUGGCAUCCAGAGCUGCAUGCCUUUCUUCCGCUCAGCUCCCAGCUGUGGUGCAGGAGUCCUCCCUCAUCGCCACAGAGAGCAGCUCAAUGCCAUCACCUCCUUUGUCGACGCCAGCAUGGUAUACGGCAGCUCCGCCGGUGUAGCAUCAGCUCUGAGAAACCACUCCUCUCCGCUGGGCUCUAUGGCCAUCAACUCCCAGCACUCGGACCAGGGGCUGCCCUACAUGCCCUUCCUGCCUCCCCAGAGGUCGCACCUGGAUCCCUGUGGUCCUCGAAAUGCCACCACCUCAGGAACAUCAGACAGAGCCAUGCACAGGGAGAACAACACAUCCUGCUUUCAAGCUGGAGAUUCAAGAGCCAAUGAACAUCUGGGAAUGAUAGCGCUGCACACACUCUUUCUGAGAGAGCACAACCGCCUGGUCGAUGAGCUGCACCUGCUCAACCCUCACUGGAGCCCAGACACCCUCUAUCAGGAGGCUCGCAAGAUCAUAGGAGCCGUUCAUCAGAUCCUGACUUGGGACCACUACCUCCCGCAGGUCCUCGGUGAUGUCGCCAUGUCAAGUCUGAUGCCUCCCUAUGAGGGUUAUAAUCCCGACAUGGAUCCAAGCAUCGCAAACGUCUUCGCAGCUGCUGCGUUUCGUUUCGCUCAUGUGACGGUGCAGCCAGUGGUGAGCAGGCUGGGGCCAGGAUACACCACCAACUCCCAGCACCCUCCGCUGCCUCUGCAUCAUUCACUGUUCGCCUCUUGGAGGGUAGUGCAGGAAGGUGGUAUAGACCCUGUGCUGCGUGGCCUGUUGUUGUCUCCAGCCAAGCUACAGACUCCAGGUCAGAUGAUGGUGGAGGAGCUGACUGAGAGGCUGUUUCAGGCACAGGGAGGGAUGCCUCUGGACCUCGGGGCCCUGAACCUUCAGAGGGGUCGAGACCACGGUUUGCCUGGAUACGGCUCGUGGCGGAGUUUCUGCGGCCUCUCUGUUCCCAACUCCACAGCUGAUUUGGCAGAAAUCCUCAAUAGUUCAGUUUUGGCUCACAAAUUUCAGCUACUGUAUGGGACGCCCCACAAUAUCGACGUGUGGGUGGGAGCCAUUUCGGAGCCCACUCUGCCCGGAGGCCGGGUUGGUCCACUCCUGGCCUGUCUACUGGCCAGGCAGUUCAGAGCCCUAAGAGAUGGAGACAGGUUCUGGUGGGAGAGGGAGGGAGUGUUUACCAGCAGCCAGAGGAGACACCUCCGCCCUGUCUCUCUGUCCCGCAUUAUUUGUGAUAACAGCCACAUCACCUCUGUCCCUGCUGACCCAUUCUCACGCACUGGGAGCCCAGAGGACAUGCUGCCGUGUUCUCACCCACUCAUCCCCCGCCUUGACCUCAGCCCCUGGAAAGAACCAGACACGGAUACCAGCUGCGGUCCAAUACCCAGGAUCCAGUUUGGCUACUCGCUGCUCUGUGACUCUGUGAUUGUGUAUCAGUGUCAUUUGGGCUUCAAGUUGCUGGGACCUUCAUCUGUGAGCUGUGACACAAACAGCCACCAAUGGAACUCUGCACCUCCAAUAUGUCAAGACAUUAAUGAAUGUGAGGAACAGAAUUCUCCUUGUCCACAAAGCCACGAGUGCUUCAACACAGCGGGCUCCUUUGUUUGCUCAGAGCCCUCCUCACUGUCUGCCGCCGCCACAGUCGCUGCAGUGAUAGUAGUAAUUGGUGGUGUGGCCCUGCUGGUGAUGAUCCUCAUCUGUUAUCAAAGACGUUUCCCCAGGAAAGAAGAGUUUACCAGUCCUGGACGAUGCCAAGAGAAAAGUUAAAGGACUCGUAUUUGUGAGACUUUGGCCAAAUUGUGCUGUUUCACUUGACUUCCUAAAUAUUUAUUUGUGGACUUCUGAAUCGUCUUUAUGUAUUUAAAUG